AUGGUCACACAAUUGUGGAAGUCCCCGCAGGCACCAAACUUCACCCGGAAACCCAUCGCGCUUAAUAUUCAAGAUGGAGAGCUUGCAGUUUUCAAAGCCGUAGUUAGUGGCAAACCUGUGCCCAGGGUGUCGUGGGCGAGAAAUGAUGGGGAAAUUGAUGAAAAAAAUUGCUAAAUGGUCUAUCAUACGCAUUCUGGUGAACAGAUAUACAGAAGACAGAUCCCGGAUGUGUCGGUGGAACACAUUGACUCUUAUAAAUGUUUUGCAGCAAAUGAGUACGGAAAAGCAGUUCUCACAGCUGUCCCUAAUGUCUUUGAAGCUGUGCGAGAACUCCCUGAAGACUUCAGGAAGGCCUUAAAACACACUUAAGUAAGAACUCCAAAGAAUCAAGGUGGCAAAAGCAAAUGGGAAAUCAAACGAGUCCUCGACGACAGAGAUUAUGAGAAUAUCUGAAGCGAAUAUGGCGUCACAGAUUUCCACUGGAUGCUGAAGAAACUAAAUGUGAAGAAACUGGAAAGGGAGCGUGAGCAGCAACGGGUUGUCGAGACACUCUGCAACCUAAAACCCAUUGAAAUCAAAAGCAAUGGGGCAGAGUUUGAGCUUGAAAUGUCCCUUAAAGACCAUCCAUCCAUCCAUUUUCCAAACCACCUUAUAAGCAAAAUCGUCUUGUAUAAGGAUGGCGUAAUGGUUGCUUUUGAAGAUUGUGUCAAUGUCAAGAACACUUUAAGGCAAGUCGGGAAAAAUGUCUUUAGGAUCAAUUGUGUUAAUCCCGAUGAUGCUGGCUUGUAUCAAGUGGAUGUUGAUGAUGUCAAGAUCUUCUCAACCGACUUAAAAGGGACAAGCCGAAAGGAGAAGAAGAAGAAGAAGAAGUGUGUUCUUUACCCUUUAGAUGCGGGUGUUUGCUUUACCAGCGCUUUGUCUUACAUAAAUGCCAUCAUUGACAUGGAGGCAGAGUUAAGGGUCCGCAGACUGACCAGCAAGGAGUGUGAAGGAGUCUAGUACAAAGAUGAAAAAAAGGUGAGAGCCACAGAUGAUGUCUGUAUUGUAGAAGAUGGGACUUACCGCAAGCUUGUGUUUAAAAAAAUAAAAAUAAAAAACUGCAAAGAAGAGGAUGCAGGAAAGUAACGCUUUGAGGGCGAUGGCCAUAAAACGGAAGCGACGGUGAUUGAAGACCCCCUGAGACUGAACAAGGAUGACCUCGCUAGGUUCUUAAAACCGGUGAUAGUAAACACUGGGAAAGAUGCAGCCUUCAAGCUGUCCUUUGUUGGCCGAGAGCUAAUGAAAAUCCAGUGGUACAACGAAGGUGAAGAGCUGUUGGAGGACGCCCGGACAAGAAUUGAGAAGUCCUCCACGCACACUCGCUUAUUGCUGCUCAAGUGCAAUCACAAAACCUCAGAGGAAACGAAGAUAAAGAUUUUUUUAAAUGAAUUUGGAUCAAUACAGACAGUCACUCAACUCAUUGUUCUCGGUAUGAACAGCGCAGAUGAAAAAAAAAUUGCCUCCAUGAUUUCUGAUUCGGAAUUUUUAAAUUAGCAUAUUUAUCAUAUGAGAGUAUUUUGGCUCAUCCUGCUCAUUUUAAAAUCUCACAAAGACAUCCAAAGAAAGUACAUGAUGCAGUUUCUCUAGAAUGUUUUGUAGUCAUCAACAGAGAGAGAAAAAAAAACCUUCUGGCCUGUGUAGAAAUAGUAAAUG